CUUUGGAUUCAGUAUAUGUUGUUGUGUUGUGCCGAAAAGCAAAACAUUAGAAUCGAAGACGCGAAACGCGCGUACCAGCGUUCUCCGAAAACGCCAUCGCCUGUAGUCACUCAUCGAACGCUUUCGUUCCAACGUCGAUUCGGUUGUUUGUCGCACGCAUAAGCGCAUCUGUGAAGAACGCGGUCGCGUAGAAAUACAUACAUAUAUUCACACAUAUACGGGUUUCGAGUACAUGAGUGCAUGGAUUAUUUUGUGGAUUGUGCAAUAAAGUUAUGAAAAUAAUCGCUGAAGACACUACAAGUAGAAGCAACAUCCAAGUUAUGAAAAAUUGCAAGCUUCUGCUGGCCUGACAUCAGUUUUACGUGAGGUAAAUGGCUGAAACUAUAAGUGCAGCCGCCGGUAUGGAGAUGACAUUAAAGGACAGCGGGAUAAUUGAUAUGACACCCGGGAGUUUGUUGCAACAUAGUGCGUUAGUCAAGCAUACACAUGCGCUACGUAGCUUGAAGGAAUGCAGCGCAGAUGAACAGCCAGUGGCCUUGGAUAGUACGGCACGCGCAAAUAGUACCCCGCCAACGAAUUACUCCACAUCCACAAGCACACCGAAUCCGCCCGCUAUGGCGACGUUUCGAUGCGAACGUUGCGACCAUUUCGAGACUACUUCUAGGGCAUCGCUACUACUACAUGUCGUCCAGUGUUUGUCUAAUCAUGCGCGGCUCAAAACCGAAGAGCCUGACUUGGAGAAUCUGAGUGUUGUCGGUUCGGUGAUGCCCCAUGCAGACCAAAAUGGGGGCAAUAGCAACGAUGUAACGAAAUUGGUACCGGAUACGGCAACGGUAAAUAAUGUGCCCACAAAUAUGUCGGUGGUUGCAACGAAUGGCAAUGCCAGCAGUCCAACUGCAUCAUCGUCUUCGUCGUCCUCAUCCCGCAAAGUUUUCGAAUGUGAUGUUUGCAAUAUGAAAUUCUCAAAUGGCGCUAAUAUGAGACGGCACAAAAUGCGCCACACUGGUGUCAAGCCUUACGAAUGCCGUGUCUGCCAAAAGAGAUUUUUCCGCAAAGACCAUUUGGCAGAACAUUUUACAACGCACACGAAAACUCUUCCAUACCACUGUCCCAUAUGUAACCGUGGCUUCCAGCGCCAAAUCGCUAUGCGCGCACAUUUCCAAAACGAGCAUGUCGGCCAACACGACCUCGUUAAAACCUGUCCACUGUGUAGCUAUAGAGCAGGUUCUAUGAAAUCGCUAAGGAUUCACUUUUUCAACAGACAUGGUAUAGACCUUGAUAAUCCCGGACCGGGUGGUUCCUCAUCCUUACUGCUCGCCUUGGAGUCGCAAGCAUCACAAGUAGCAGCUGCCGCAGCCGCUGCCAGUUUCGUACCGGGCCUGAAUGUCGUGGCUGCAGCUGCUGCUGCGGCAAGCCAGAAUGCAAACUCGAGCAUGACGACGACCCAUCAGAGCGAUAGCGGCGAGUCGAUGCGUUCGCUGGAGAAUGCCACACCGCCCAUGCACUUUUUGACUCCACAUGUGGAAAUUUCAACGCUGUCCGACAAUGGAACCGAUUUGUUCAAUGUAACAUGGAAUGCGUUGCUAAAUUGCAAAUUGGGGAAAUCCACUGAUGCGGCGUUUUUAUGUGCAUUUGAUUUGCAGGGGAACGCCAAUACCGCAACCGGGGUGGAACUGAUGGAGACGAAGAGCGGCGGUCGAGGCGAGCGGGAUGCAGUCAUUGGAAAUAAGUCACCAGCGCCACCACCACCGCAAGAACAUCCGAUCGAUUGCAAUACCAAAUCGUUGCCUUCAAGCACCAGUCAUGUCGGUGUGCAGUUGAAUGCUUGCCCUUCACCAAAAACCCAUCACCACGAGAACCACAUCACACCAUCCAUCAGUUUGAUACCAAUCAAGCAGGCGAGUGAACCAGUAGGGGAGGAUUUAUCAACGGAUGCUAAUAAGAGCGGCACAAAAAUUAGCCCAACCACACAAUGCGAUCAAAUGAAUGGCGGUGACAGCAGUGAAUCGGAAUUCUCGUCUCCAAACGGCAGAUUAACUUCGUUAAUUAAGGUAUCCCCACUGAAGUCCUUGUUAAGAGAGGAUCUCAAACGACGCAUUUGCGCCAAGGCUAAUAAUCGCAUCACCCGCAAUGCGGCUGUAUUGGACAACAACAAUGUCGUGCAAACAGGCGGCGUCACCGGCACCACAAGCAACAGCUCCUCCUGCAAUUCCACCCCUAUAUGCAACGGCACGAUCACCUCAACCGGCCAAGAGACCGAACCAAACCUGCUAAACCGCAAGCAAAUACUCACUUGUUUAUUCUGCGGCAUCGAGUUCCCGGACGAGACACUGUACUUCCUGCACAAGGGCUGCCACUGCGAGAGCAAUCCAUGGAAGUGCAACAUAUGUGGCGAACAGUGCAACAACGUCUACGAAUUCAAUUCGCAUUUGUUGAGCAAAAGCCACCAAUAGCAACCAAUGAGCCUUGCAAACGCGGCCAAUAUCAACAAUCAAAAGUAGAUAGCUACAAGCACGGCGGCAUUUCGGAAACGAUAACAGUUGUCCAUAAAGCAGGCAAUGAAGGACUCGUUGAACGAGCUUUUUAUAGUGAGACAAAUAAUCUACAGCUAGAGGCAUAUUGAUGGGGAAGGCUCCACAAGUAUGUGGGUGUAAAUAUAUAAGACAGUUUAGUGUUUUGUUUUAGGAAAAUCAGGCAAGCGGUUCGCUGUAUAACAGUGGCUGCUAAAGGCCAGAAUCGUAAGGAUAGUAGAAGCGAAAAGUAAUGGAAACUGAAGUCACGAGAUGCAAAAGUGUGUGAUAGUCGAUUGUAACUGAAAGCAAGAACAAAUCAAAAUUAAAAACAUAAAAUAGUACAUUUUCUGAAAUAUUUAUGCAAAUUAUCAUGUUUAACGUACAACUUUCUUAAUUACAUACAAAUGAGUAAGUUAGAUAAUGACGAGUAUUCGUCAAAGCAAAUCGUUAAUCCUUUGCGCACGCGUAGAAGCAGUGAAGUCAAGAAAAUGCUGUGUAUGCAGAUGAAUAGGUCUCUAUUAGCAGUGCUGAAGACAGAGAAAGUACCAAAACACAUGACACCUUUAAUAGGCAAACGAUUUUUUAGAAAUGCAUUUAGAGCUUUAUCCGCCCCAAAUUAAACACAUGAUGUUAUUAAAUACAUAUAUUGUAUAUUAAUUAAAUUAGAGAAGAGCAUUAAGUAAAGCCAAUGGUAGCUUUUGAUAGGCCGAGGGAAAUCUUUCUUAGCACAUGAACGGUCGCUGAGAAAUCGUAGAGUUCUGAUAAAAUCAGUAAAAAAUUAUUAACAAAAAAAAAAUAUAGAUGCAGUGUUGCUGUAUCGGUGUGCUAUGAAAAAUUUCCGUUUGCUUGCGAGGAGUCACUCAAUAAUUUAACUAUUAGUGCUGGUCAAAUUUUUGCAAUGUACCUUCAACGUAUGUAUGUAAUUUUAAAUGAAUUGUUAUAAAACAUAUAUUAGUUGUAAGUAAUCGAAAAUUAUACACAUAAUUAGCAUGUAGUUGCAUAUACUCGUAUGUAAAACAAACCUAAUUGAAAUAGCGACGAACUAUAGUUAAUUAAUUAAUAAUAAAUAAUUUUAAAAUAUUUCUUUAGCCAAAAAACGCAAAAGCAUUUGCACUUUUGGUGAAUUCACGUACAACGUGCGACCGAUAUCUCAAAAAGUCAAAAGUUUCAUGUCGAAUUGGCAAACUCAAACGAUUUAACGUGUGUAUGUGGCAGACAGGCACGCGCGCAGAAAAAAUUCAAAAUCGUGGAAGCGCCAUUGCUAAAGUAUAAAUUGAAUUUUCAAUAUAGCAAUUGCCGGUUAAAAGUAUAUUUUCGCAUUUAAAGUUUAUUUUUGGUUUUAUACAUAUUUCGCAAAGACAUUUGCAUUUAUCGUUGAACAACUCUCUGUUGCAUGCAGUUCCGAAAUGUUCGUUGACAGGAUAUUAACUUUGAACCGCGGUAAGAGGAACUUACGAACUUUAUCGCCCAUUAUUAAAAGCAGUCUCUAGUUAAUGUUAAAGUGGGGUGGAAUUCCGUUUGAGUAUCAAUCAAAAAUUCCUUUUCGUAUUCAUAUUAUAUUAUAUAAAUACUUUAUUUGCAUUUGUUUGUGCUUUUCUCUAGCUUUUACUCAAAGUUUCUUUUUCUGAACGAAGCGUCCCUUCAAAAAUGGCAAUUGUAAAUAGGUUACUCAUGCGCCACGUCCGUCAAUUACAGAAAUACUCAUUUCAGGCCAAUGGCAUUUUUUAAAUACAAUUGGGGUACUCACAACACGUCGUAAAGCAUCGUAAAAUCGUAAAAUUAUAAAUUUUGACACUCGUAUAAAAAAAUUGUUGUUGUUGUUCAUACAAAAAUGAGUUUACGCAUUUACAAUUCUCAAUGCUAUGUUUUCGAAUCGUUAUAACUUAUAACUUUAUGAGACUUGUGAAAACCCUAAAUAUGUUUGAAGUGAAACAAAUUGUAGGUCAUGGACUGGUGGAUCUAUUUGAAAAAUUUUUCUGUCACAAAUGCAUGUGAAGACUCAACCAUAACCUGAAGGGGUCACCGAUGUAAGAACUUAUCACACACAUCUCAGUGACAACGUUUAUAAUGAAGACAUUUUGUGUGAAAAAUCGCAUUUCAGACACACACAUACAUACACGUUAAAGCUUUUGAAAUUGCCAACAUUUACAGCAAUUAACUGUAAUCAGAGCAAUUGCGCUAAAAGUCAACAAAUCAAAAUGAGCAAUAUUUUUAUAUUCGAAGCUACGUAGAUACCUACCUUCCUCUUUAAUUAAGUACACAAAUACCCAAAAAUUCACACAUAUACACAUCCAAAAACAUACGCCAAAAUAUGUAUAUGUAUGUAUGUGCGUGCAUAGAGAUAAAAGCGUAGCUUAAGUACAUAUGUAGUUUGGGAAAGCAGCUUAUGUCAUAAAUGAAUAUGUUGUUAUCUAUUCCUAAGAAAAGCAACAAAAUGUUUAUGAAACAUUGCGAGCAAUUUCUUAGCUUGUAAGCAUUCAUUUAGACAACGCAACAAAAUGCGAAGCUGAAAUCUUAUUCAGAAAAAGCUUCACGUGCUUUCAAGUAGCUAUUUAUCAAUUGACUGAAGCGGCUUUGCCAAAACUAGGCAGGUACAGUUUUACGUGGAAAAAGUUAGGUUAGGUUUUGCUUAAAGGUCAACACUGACGAUUUAAGCAAAAAGUUGAUAAUUUCACAUCCAACACAUGCACAUGCACACACACUUGGAUAAAGAACAAAACAUUAGCUGAAUAAGGGAAUCCCAAUGUUAACCAAAUUCACACAGAAACAUACAUACAUAUAUACUUAGAAAUCGGGAAUAAAAUGCAAAAAAAAAAAACAAAAAAAAAA